AGCGAGGAGGGAGUGGGAAGACGCGCUUGCAACUCCUGCGUUUUUGCCGACAUUCUUCAAUGAAUCAGCAACGGAGAAAGCUGCAGAUUGAAAAGACCUCAAUCUCGGUGAAAAACCAUCACAGACAGCUUUUUAACUCAAUGUAAGUGUAAAAUAAGAGAGCUGAAGUGAGAAAGAUUUCAUGAGAUGACAUUUCGUCCCUGGAUUAUUCAAAAGAGCUGUCAUCAGACCCUGAGGAGGAAAGGCAGAGAGGAAAGUAACUUUUGCAGCUCCAUAAAUGGCCUCAGCACCCUGCUGGUGUCUUUGAGUCUGAACAGAAUUAAUUCGACAUGAGCAUUCCAACUAGUGUCCAAGGCCUGAGGGUCAGUGUUGACAGAGGAGAAAAGAUUGGAAGUAAAACCCAGAUCCAGUUCACUCAGUCUGGAGAUGAUAAUGCCAAUCAACUGUCUUCAAUCAGUGUUCAAGAAAGAAGAGGUUUGUAUGAGGACCCGGGAUACAACACAAGCUCCAUUCCUCCUUUGGUCUCUCAGAGCGACUCCCCAGAAAAGUUAGAGUUCUGGGGAUCAGAGCAGCAGUGCGUGGAGUCUGAGCUCAGAGACUAUGAGCUUUUGGCAUGUCAGGAGAUACAUACCUACCUUGGAAGCAGGACUCAAGAGGAGAAUGAGGAGGAAGAUGAUGCAGGAAGCAUUAGAGAUGGAAAAGAUGAAGGUGCUAUGUCCAUAUCGUCAAGUUCCACAGCUAGCUCUGCUUCAACUGGUGUGAGAAGAAAUGACAAUGACAGCAACAAAGUGGAGAGUAAAAUUCAGAGAGGCAAAGAGGUGCAGAAAAGGAUUGCUUGUCACAGCACUGAGGAGCUAGACACAUGUGUGACAGCAGGUAAACUGGACACCAGGUCAGGCAGAGAGAGAUGGAAGGGGGGACUGAAGGAGUCUAAGUCUGAGACGAAUGUGUUUGUCUCCAGCCUGUCAGCUGUUUCCCUCAGUGGAAGCCUGUCUAGUGCUCUGGAUGGUGAUGGAGAAUCUUCUCUCACCUCUCUGUCCAAGACUAACCCCUAUCACAAUGCCCAAAACACUACCUCAGCCCAGAAUAGAAGAAGGGCAGCGCCUGCAGAUGCCAAUCAGAACUCCCCAUCAAUGCAUCCUCAGGAGACCCCCAACCCUCAGUACUGUAACCAGGAUCGGAGAAAUGAUGAGGGAAGUCACAGAAAUGGCUUGACCUCUGAUGGGGGGCUGGGCCAGAGGAGAAAGGCUGGAUUUGAGGAGAGGGUGCUACCACCACGACGGCAACAGCUUGUGAGACCUCUCUGUCAGACAGAGAUGGGAAGGUCAAGGAGUGCAGCAGAGUCCAACAGUCAGCAAAAUGAGACAGGGCAACCCUCUCCUCUUAACCUCUCUGCAGAUUCACACAGUAUUGGGUCAAACAGAAAGUUUACAAAAUCAUCUUUACGUGAACCAUCAGAUUUUUCCCACCUGUACAACACCUCUGGAUUAUCCCAGCUGAGACAGCCCAACCAGGGAUCCCAAAGGGAGGCUCCACCAGUGGAAAAACAGCCAGCUACAACUGCACGCCACAGUUCCAAUCCCUCAAAUCCUUCCACCUUAGAGAAGAGACCUCAGACUCAGCUCACAUACAGAAGGAAUUGCUCCAGUCCCAACAGGACUGGCGUUGAAUCCAGGUCAUCUACCCCGCCCCACUCCCCUCUCAGGACACCCCAGGGCUCACCGUGCAGGCAACCCUCCAUGUACCUCGUUUCCAGGAAUGUCUCUGGAGUGGUUAGACACAUCCCUGCUGUACCAACAUCAGCUCAGGGCUAUGGCAACAGUUGCUUGAGAGCACCAGUCAAAACUAAUAUAAGCACAAGUGGAAUCCCCAAAGCGCCUCUUAACAACCAGCAAAGCUCCCCCAGCUCUAACAACAACUCCCCCAAAGAAAGCUCACCAUCACCUAAACUUAAACCUAAAGGAGUUCGCCCCAAAAUCAUUACCUACGUCCGAAAGAAUCCCCAGUUUAAGCCUCAGGCUGCUGAUGGACCAUAUCAGGUAUCCUCUCUACCAUCCAGGCUCUCAACAUGCACCCACAGUCAAACAUCCACAUCCUUUAAAGACACACCUAAAGAACACUCCAGGCCCGAUUCAGAAACCCGAGGAGCCCCAGUUCUUUGUGCCUCCAAUCUGCUUUAUGAUAAGUACCGCCAGGAGAUGCAGACAAACAUUUUUCCACCAGGAAUGCUGAGCAGGAGUAUAAGGACUCCUGGACACACAAACACUGUUCCACCUGCACACGCACAUAGCCACACAGCACCCCCAAAACUGGGCAGCAAGGCAGACAACUUCUAUGGGACACCAUCAGAGGUCAGCAGAUCCAUCAGUUUGAAAGGCUGCUCAGCCGAGGACGCGAUGCAGAGCAGGAUUGCUGCUCAGGCUGGAGGGAGUGGCAGUCUUCUGCGAUCUAGCAGAGGUCUGCGUCUGGGACUGGGAGCUGUCACCAGAACGGGUACAAUCUCGGCCAAGGGUAGAGGACCUAGUCAAGGUCUGAGGUCAACACAAGUCUUCAGCCAGCCAGUCCAACCUGUCAUCCCAGCAACUAAUCAAGGCCAAGAUAAUAGAGAUGACCAGGCUGCCACCCAUCAGGCUCCUGCCCCUCCUCCUACCACAGCAGCAGCAGCCCAGCCCCAGGCUGCGGCCUCCAGGUCUCUGCUUCCCAAAGCAAGUCAGUCGGGCCUUCGCCCCCCGGGCUUUAGCACCAACCGCCUCCCCGCGGGCCGCCUGGCGGCCUUUGGCUUUGUCCGGAGCUCCAGCGUAUCUUCUGUCUCCUCAACCCAUUCUGCUGACAGCACACAGAGUGACCCCUGCAGAACAGCUCACCGUCUGAGUGUGAGCGAGGAGCCUCCUCUUCAUAGAGUGACGACUGUGUCAACAGAUCACCAGAGAGGGGCACCAUGUCGCAGCAACAGCCUCCAGCCGCCCUCCCCUCCGGCGCUGCCCCGACGCUACCUGUCACCCCAGUCAAGAAGCUCCCCUGGAGUCAGCAGGAAGGAGUUUCAGCGGAGUUCAGAAGUCACACGUUCCCUCCCGUCCUCCCCAAAAAGGCUGGCAGUGGUUCCUCCCAAACCUCAGUCUCCAGUCCGGGGGUCAGCUCCCUCUGGAUCACCUCGCCGAGUGCCCCCCCUGAAGCUACAGCAAGAACAGCAGGAGAACUUGCAGAGAGAGAAAGAAGAGGCUCAGCAGAAAGAGAAAGAGAGGCAAGCAGAGGAGAGAGAAAAAGAAGAGCAACGAGAGGAGGUUCAGAGGCUGCAGGGACGCUGUGAGCAGCAGGAGAGGCAGCUGAAAGCUCUUAGAGAUGAACUGAGGAAGACUUCGCUGGGUCUGGAAGCUUUCAUUAUCACCACUCAGCAUUACUGUCUCAAGAGUAAAACCACAAAAGAAAAUCAAAAGAAGUUGUCUUUGGAAAUGCAAAAGAUUCAAGAAGAAAUGGCUUCAAACUCAGUGCGCUGGGAGAGACUCCAGCGGGAAAAGACAGCGCUGGAGGUGGCGUUUGAGCGAGAGCUGCAGGAGCUACAGCUGCAGCAGGAGGCAGAGCUGGCUGCUGUGGAGGAAGGACUCAGGAAGUGUCACUCAGCAGAGGCAGAGCACCUGAAGGCGGAGCAUCGGUCAGAGAUGGAGGAGUUGAGGACUCAACAGCAGGAGCAGAUUGAAGAGAUGACAGUCAACCAUCAGGCAGCCAUUCAGGAGCUCAGAGACAUGCAUAACAUCACCAUGGCAACACUGCAUGAAGAGCACGCCCGUACCAUGAGAGACUUAAGGAAAGCUCAUGAGCAGCAGAAGAUCCUUCUGGAGGAGGAUUUUGAGAAACUUAGACUUUCUCUACAGGAUCAAGUGGAUACUCUCACAUUUCAAAACCAGAGUCUGAGGGACAAGGCCAAACGCUUUGAGGAGGCUUUGAGGAGGAGUACAGAUGAACAAAUAGUUGAUGCUUUAGCGCCAUACCAACACAUCGAGCAAGACCUCAAGAGCUUGAAGGAGGUCGUGGAAAUGAAGAACCAGCAGAUACACCAGCAAGAGAAGAAGAUCUCUGACCUGGAGAAAGUGCAGGCCCAAAAGAACGUGUUCCUCGAGGAGAAAGUCCAGGUUCUGCAACAGCAGAAUGAAGAUCUCAAAGCUCGCAUUGAUAUGAACCUGGCCUUGUCCAGGCAACUGUCUGAGGAGAACGCAAACCUCCAGGAGUCCGUCGAGAAGGAGAGCACCGAGAAGAAGCGUCUAAGUCGCAACAACGAGGAGUUGCUGUGGCGUCUCCAGACCAGCCCUCUCAUGUCUCCCGCGUCCUCCCCACUCCACCGCUCCUUCUCUACCUCACCACUUCCCUCAUCCCCAUUGUUUUCCUCUUCACCUGUAGCAGGGUGUGACUCCCCCACUCACUGCCACGGCUGUCCUCAGCAGGCUCAGUACUCCUCCCCCUCCCACAGAGCUGCUGCCACAAAUCAAAAUUUCUCACCGGGACCGGCCACACCCACUCACAGGGCAGUAAAUAAUCAGAAUUACUCCCCCACCCAUGCCACACCCACACACAGAGCAGCAGCGAGUCGCUGUAACUCAAAUACUUCUCUCAGCUCUUUGCCGAGAUAAGCUCUUUCCCUGCACGUUUUCUAUCCUAAUUCCCCUUUUUUCUUUCAUUCUUCUCUCCCUGCCUUCAUUUGGAUUGUGAAAAGCAUUGUAGUGCAAGACUGUGGUUUCCAGUCAUCACAAGACACACAGGACAGACUGUGCAGUCAGCAUUAAAGCAGUGAAGUCACACAGUCCUGUACUUUGUCAGUUCCUACCGUCACGUGAAAGCAACGUCAUACACAGAAAUACAAUAUGGAUACAUACUGUGAUAAUGGAACUGGAAAAAAAAAGAUGACAGCAGCUCUGCUUCCUUUUUCCAGCCCCCACUUUUAUUAAAACAGUGUAGAUCGUGUAUGAUAGUGGCACAGAUAGUGCUGUAAACUUUCCCUGCAUGGGUAGUUGAGAGUCCUGCACAGUACACAGUACAACAGUGCACAUUUACAGAUGGAAAGUAGCACAUUGGUGGCGCCAGAAUAUGUGCUCUGGUGUGGUAAGAACACAGAUAUAUCAGAUAGGUAAAAUAAGCUAUGAUUUCUUAUUGGGAUUAGGUUUUCCUUACUUGAUUCUGUUUUGAUUAAUGAAUUUCAAUUCUGAGUUGUUAAUAUAAUCGGCUUUAGCUGAUAGAUUUUUUUUUUCUUUUUGUAUUGUAUCUAGAAAAAUCCCUAACAAAGCGCCUUAUACUCGGUCCUGCAACCUCACCAGCAGAGAGCGACCAAUGUUUUAUUUAUAAAGCACUUUGGAUAAAGAUUUGGUUUGUAUGUUUUAAAAAAAACAAAAAAAAACAACAACAACAAAUCGUGUUUCUUAGCCUCCUCAAAGUAUAUUUAAAAUUUUGUAAUCACUUAAUUUCAGCUGACAGUUUUACUUGUGUGGAUAACCCUCCUUGGAACCCCAGCCAUUUUAUCUGCAAAACACAAAGAACUUGUGUCUUUUUAAACCUUGCCAGGUCUUCCUUCACACGAGCUACUCUUCACUUCUGGGAUCCCUCAGGUCAACUUGGAAAAACUAUGUCUGCCAUUCUGGAUUUACCUCAGUGGGAAUGUGCUGUCAGUUGUGUCUGCAACGCAACAGCAACAUCAACAUCAACAAAAUCGCACACACAGCCACCGUGGAGCUCAAAGCUAAGGGGGGAAAACCUAGCACAGGAAUCACUGUUUUAAAUGUCGUGGAUUUCUUUAUAAUGUGAUGUUUAUACCUAAUUUAUUACAUGUAUUUUGCUACUUAGCAAGCAUGUACUGUGAAAGUCUUCCAGUUUUGACAUGAAACUUAUUAUUGCUGUGAUUUGUCUAUUUAUUAAGCUUGAGGUGUGAAGAAGAUAAAAGGCCCUUGUAAUUUAAAUGAACAUCACCUAUGGGUCAUGAGUGGAACAUGUGAUAUACCUGAGGAGAAAGCUGAUAUACUACAGAUGAUUUGACUCACUGUCUUCACACCUACAGUUUUUUGCAAAAGUUUUGCACCUCUGAGGAAACUGCAAAAUUUUUAGAGUGAAACCCCUGCAGCAAAAAAGAAAAAAAAAGAACCUAAUUCAUGCUCAAAAGUUUGGAUAUCCUACUUUUAAAGCAUCAGAACUUCAUUAACCUAAUAGACCUUAAAGAUUUUGUAAGACAACACAGUGUAAAGAAUGUAAUUUGCCCACGGAUGCAUAAACUUCUGCACAAAACUGUACAUUGAUGGCGUCUUAUAGUAAAAUAUUGUGUCUAUAAGCUAUGUAGAUUUAAAAAAGAUCCCUCUGUUUACCUCUUUGUGAUGUAGUAGAGUAACGUAGUCCUUUCUCAGUCUGUUAACCUCCUCAGAAAUUCUUCUGCUUUGUUUAUCUGAAAGACACUUUUUAUUCCUUAUCAUGUUAAAAACUUUUGAAAACUACACUGGAUUUCUGGUGUGGAAGAAUAUAUUGUUCAGGGAGUUAUUUUCUAAAAUUAGAUUAGAAACACUUUCAUUUUUAUUAUUUUUUGUUGUUGCUGUUGGUAUAGCUUCUCAACACAGCAUUAUACAUUUCCAAGAUAUUUCCCUAGAUAAUUUUCCAUUUAUAUAAAACACAACAGAGAAACCAACAACUGAUAUAUACAAAUGAGAAUUAUUUUAUAGCAUACAGUAUGUUAUAGCUGCCUCCUAUACUGUACUCUACUGAUUAACUUCCCCUCAGGGUCUUAAUCUUUCAUCCAGCUUUGAACAAGUCAAGAUUGAAGUUGCGUACAAUAUAAUGUGAGUGAUUUACUCACAAAUAAACAACAACAAAAAAAAGCUAGUAUUGUUCAGACUAUAUGUUAAAAGGGCCACUGUAAAUACGCCAGGCCCAGGAGGAAGGGUUAAGUAACAUCUUUGUUGGCUGUCGGGAGCGCUAACGUGAGCAUGAUUUAGAUUUAGCAGUUAAUGAAAUAUUGCUGAUAGUUAAAU